AAACAGUAAAGAAAGGGAAUUGCGCAUACCAAAUUGUCAAUGGUGGGGUUUAUGAUUCUCUGUGAAUAGAAAAUACUACAAACCAGAGCACAUAUCCGGAGAGAGAAAGAGGAAGGGGGGGUCAGGUUCAGGGUCAGAGGCUACAACUAGUACUAGACAGUGUAGACAAUACCCAAAAGCAGAGCUUGGAUUUUGUUUCUUUCUCACUCUCGUUGAAUUUAUCAAAAUCCUUUUCACGGUUUCGCAGCAUUUAUACUCAUUGAUUUAUUGUUUGGUGCAAUAAUUCCUCCUCAAGAUCUGUAAUUUCUCCAAGGCACAAGCUUUUUCCUGCUCCUGGGUCUGUCUGUGUAGGGAGGAACACAACCAAAAACAUGGAGGUGGGUCAGAUGCAGAGACAGUGGGUUGACUACACUAAGUCCUUGUUUCUGGAGGGGCUUUUGGAUGGGCAGUUUUUGCAGCUUCAACAGCUUCAAGAUGACAGCAACCCAGAUUUUGUUGUGGAAGUUGUAUCUCUUUUCUUUGAUGAUUCUGAGAAGCUUCUCAAUGAGAUCACCAGAGCUCUAGAGCAGCCAGGUGUAGACUUCAAGAAAAUUGGUGCCCAUGUUCACCAGUUCAAGGGUAGCAGCUCCAGUGUUGGUGCACAAAGAGUUAAAAAUGGCUGCAUUGCUUUCCGCAACUUGUGCGAAGAACAGAACAUUGAAGGGUGCAUCAGAUGUCUUCAACAAUUAAAGCAAGAGUACCACCUUGUGAAGAACAAGCUUGAAACUCUCUUUGCAAUGGAGCAACAAAUUGUGGCAGCUGGUGGGUCAAUUCCUAUGUUGGAAUUAAAUUUCUAAGGCUACAAUUUGUGAA